UCUGUUAACAACCACGCCAGAGAGAUGGGCUCUCUGCAAACACGGGGCGCGGCCGCAGCCGACGCCGCCGCGCUAGUCUCUACUCGCCGCCGGCGGCCGAGGCUCGGAAGCGGGCGGGCGGAAGCGCCGCGACGCGGGGGUUUGGACAAUGGCCGCAGUGGUGACUGCUCCUCACCGACAUGGCGGCCCCGGGACGGCGCUCGACAAGAUGGCGUCGCACACCAGCCCGGGGCUAGAGGCGCAAUAUCCCUCCGCGCGCCCCGCCCACAUACCGCAGCACGUUGGCCAUUGGAUGAGGCGGCCGUCGGUAACUUCAGGGCUGCGGGACCCUGGACAGGAGGAUGGAUUUUGAGAAUCUUUUCUCCAAACCUCCGAACCCGGCCUUGGGCAGUAAACUGCCCACGGGCUCCGAUGCCAUGGACUCCGACAACAGAAAAAACUAAAUGGACUUUUUGGCCAACCCAAUACAUGGCAUUCGAAGUUCACUUUUCAUGUUUUGACAUGUUUCGGCACUUUGGAAACCCUAUAACAUCACCGAAGAAUUUGCAACGUAGAAAAUCAAGAAGCAAGGACUAUGAUGUAUACAGUGAUAAUGAUAUCUGCAAUCAGGAAUCAGAAGAUAAUUUUGCCAAAGAGCUUCAACAGUAUAUAAAAGCCAAAGAAAUGGCAAAUGCUGCUCAAUCCUUACCAUCUCCUGAAGAAUCUGUGAAGAAAGAGGAAGCCAAGGGUACACAGAAAGCUGUUAAACAAAAAAAGAAAAACCUUAAAGCUGCCCACAAGAAUGGUAAACAGAAGAAAAUGAAGCGGAAAUGGCCUGGCACUGCAGACAAGGGGUCCAGUGCAUCACUGAGCAACAGUGGCUCGCAGGAACAGGAUGUUAAACCUAAAGAGAAGCAGCACGUGCGAAUGAGUCAGGGGUUUAUCAACCAGCACACAGUGGAACGCAAGGGGAAACAAGUCUGUAAAUACUUCCUUGAAAGGAAAUGUAUUAAGGGAGAUGAGUGUAAAUUUGAUCAUGAUGCAGAAAUAGAGAAGAAAAAGGAAAUGUGUAAAUUUUAUGUACAAGGAUAUUGUACCAGAGGUGAAAACUGUCUGUAUUUGCAUAAUGAAUAUCCUUGUAAGUUUUACCAUACAGGAACAAAAUGUUACCAGGGAGAGCACUGCAAGUUUUCACACGCGCCUCUGACUGCCGAAACGCAGGAACUUUUGGCUAAAGUUUUGGAUACUGAAAAGAAGUCAUGAAAAUAAAAAACAUUUAAAAAGGUUUGUAUAGAUGAAGAGUGCUCAUGCAUACAUUUGGGACUGUUCAAGACUGGUGAUUUGGAGUGGUUUACUGGAUUUUUCAUUUAAAGCACCUUCUCGUAUCAUUAUGGUGACAUGCUGCUUCUUUAAUGGAUGGCACCCUCGGAGGGACAGAAUCCAGUGUAUAAGUGAAGGGGUUGUCUUCACCCAGCCGUUCAGCCGUUGGAGCGGGAGAGGAGACAGAUGGCAUGGCUGCUCGCUGCUGGGUAAAUGUUGUGGUAGGAAAGUGCAGGAGUCUAUUUGAUUCAUCUAGUUUUCUCAAUAAAAUAGGAAGCAGCAUCAGGCUGAGUGAGGAUGGAUGAAGAGGUGCGAGACUGAAGAGAGAAAACUUGGGUUUCUCUUGGAUAGAACACGGAUGUACAGUUAGAAGUUUUCGUGUCAUUGAAUACGUGUACGGUAUUUUUUAAUGGUUGCUCACAGUUCUGUUUUAUGACUUAAAUUGUGGUUCUGUGAUUUUUUAAAACCAGUUUUCUGUUGUUAGACAUUUAAGUUGUUUCCAGUUUCUUAUUACUCAAAAUAAAAAUGGUACAAAGACUCUUAUUAUAUCCUUCCAAAA